UUAAAAAAAAUGUAAAAAUAAGCUACUAGGAAAUGUUCCAAGCCAUUUGCCAAAAUAGAAGAAAUAAAAAUGAUUUAAUGUGGUAUAUCAUUCUGGAAUCAGAAUCAGGAUUCAGUCUCAACUCUCAUCUGAUUCAGAACAGAAUCAGUAUCAGAUUCAAACAUGGCUGACGCUGCCGGUAACUGGUGUUUGAUUGAAAGUGACCCUGGGAUUUUUACAGAACUUAUUAAAGAAUUCGGUUGUAAAGGAGUACAAGUCGAAGAACUUUGGAGUUUAGAUGCAGAGCAAUUUGAAAAUUUAAAGCCAAUUCAUGGAUUAAUCUUUCUUUUCAAGUGGGUCCCUGAUGAUGAACCUCCGGGUUCUGUUGUCAGAGACAGCAGACUGGAGAAAAUUUUCUUUGCCAAACAGGUAAUCAACAAUGCUUGUGCAACUCAAGCCAUCCUUAGCAUCCUGUUGAACUGCAAGCACGAAGAUGUAACACUCGGUCCUACGCUCUCUGAAUUUAAGGAUUUUUGUCAGACAUUUGAUGCCAACAUGAAGGGUCUUGCCCUCAGCAACUCCCAGGUCAUCCGGACAGUCCAUAACUCCUUUGCAAGACAGACACUGUUCGAGUUGGAUAGCAAGAAUGUGAACAAGGACGAGGAUGUGUUCCAUUUUGUCAGCUAUAUCCCGAUAGAUGGUCGGCUGUAUGAGCUGGAUGGGUUGAAGGAAGGACCGAUAGACCUUGGAUCUGUGCCUGCUGAUAGUAGCUGGUUGGAUGUGGUCAGGCCCAUUAUUGAGAAGAGAAUACAAAAGUACAAUGAAGGAGAGAUUCACUUCAACCUGAUGGCAAUUGUAUCUGACAGGAAAAUGAAGUAUACAGAGAGAUUAACACAACUACAAAAACAAAUGGAGGAGAGUGGUAUGGAGACAGAUUCCAUACAGGCUGAAGUGUCACGGUUGAGACUGGCGAUCGAACAAGAAGAAAACAAAAUCAAGCAAUACCAGUUAGAAAACAUCAGAAGGAAGCACAAUUACUUACCCCUCAUUGUUGAAGUACUGAAGAUCCUGGCUAAGGAAGGUCAACUGCUCCCUCUUUAUGAAAAAGCAAAAGCUAAGGCAAUUGAAAAGGAGUCAAAGAAACUGAAAACAUGACUUAUUCCUCUACUUGUUCUUUUUCUUUAAUUAAUUACUCCUGAAAGAUUUUUGAAGCAUUUUUCCCGAACUGAAAUUCUUGUGAUAUUUUGGAAUUAAAAAUCAUUAACCCUAA